GCAUGAAAGUAGCUUUGACGAUCAAUAUCUGUACAAAUGAUGGUAUGGUUAAUGGAGCCCAAGGAACACUUCGUAAAAUAGUAUACGAUGUUACAUCAUCGAUUAUAAAGAACAUAAAUAACAAAGGAGAAAAAAUUAUCAUUUUUAACAAACCUCCCAAAUAUAUAAUAAUAGAAAUUCUCAGCCAAAAACCAAAUGCAUAUGAUAAAGGAACAAAUAUAACUCAAGAAUUUCAGAGGAAACAAUUACCUAUCACUUCAGCAUUUGUGAUAAUUGAAAUUAAAUGUCAAGGUGCUACAUUAAAAAAAGCAAUCGUUGAUCUAGAUAGUGGAAACAAAAGAGCGGGCAUUUAUAUAAUAUUAUCACGAUCUAAACUUAAUGUUACUAUAGAUUCUGACCUUAAAAAAGAACUUGAACGUUUUGAAAAACUCUUAAAAAUAACAGAACAAUUAGUUAUAUGGCCUAAUGCCACCUA